GUCGCCGUCAUUUCCGGUUCCGGUUCCCCUCCUCCUGCCUAGCAACCGGCCGUGUGUGUGUGUAUUAGCGUUGACUGUUGGGAGAGACACAGAGAGACGCGAUGUCUGAGGUGGAGGAAACGUUGAAGAGAAUUCAGUCCCACAAAGGUGUGAUUGGAACUAUAGUAGUGAAUGCGGAAGGAAUCCCAAUAAGAACAACCUUGGACAACUCCACCACAGUGCAAUAUGCAGGCCUACUCCAUCAACUGUCCAUGAAAGCAAGGAGCACUGUAAGAGAUAUUGACCCACAGAAUGAUCUGACCUUCCUGCGAAUCCGAUCAAAAAAACAUGAAAUUAUGGUCGCACCAGAUAAAGAGUACCUUCUAAUUGUCAUCCAGAAUCCAAGUGAAUGAAUUCACUCACUACACGUCUGAAAGACAGCGAAGGAAAUCGUCAGUUGUUAAAAUGGAUCUAUAAUCUUAAAUAAAUUAAUAUGGGAAUGAUAGUACAAGGGACCAGUCGAUGGUUGUGAAACUAAUAAAGAUAUUCUUACUACU